AUGAAAUAAGAUUCCAAAAGACACAAAACAUAAUAUUACAAGCUAUCUUCUGAACUCAGACAAACCCUCAUUCAUUUAAUAUGCCUAAAGGGCAAGAAAAUAAAGCAAGCUGCUUAGCAAUUAAACAUCAAGUAUUCAGUGGCAAAAUCCAUAUUCUUCUACUAUCGAAACAACAUGAUCAGAAAUAAAUAAAGCGCCUAUUUAGCAAAAAGAUGCUUUUACAGAACCACCACAACAAAGGUUAUAGUUUACCGAAUAAUCACCUAAAUUGCUGGUGAGUAAGUAAGUUCAAAAAUAGUACAUUAAACAACCACCCAGAUUUCCUUGUGA